GAAUUUGAUAACGCGAACGGCCAUCAAGCUUGGCACCAUGCUUCACGAACAGCUGAGUUUGCCAGCGCCCACUUUGCCCACUGAGCAAGUCCAGCCAGAACAGCCACAGCCAGAGCCGAUUCAUGUCAAGACAGAACUGACAGAACCUGCCAAUCAACCAUCGCAAGAGCCAUUGCCAGUGCUCAUGCCUACCAAACAAGAACCGCCAGUUUCUCCAAAAGCCCCAACUGCAGUCUCAGCCAGGGUCACAGGAGAGCUGCCGCCGAGCUUGCAGAGGUUUGCAAAAGCCAGCAGCAAUGAAAUUACCGAAGAGCUGAUGGUGUCGGCCCUAGAAUCGUGUUCCAGCCACGAACGAUUCAACCUUUUCUUGGACCAGUUCAAGCCUGAGUCUGGGGCCAUUCCCAAAAAAGACAUGGAAGCCAUGCUCCGUGGGUUCAUCAAAUUUUUGGAACAAGACAGCAGCAGCAGCAGCGCUGGCAAGUGCCCCGGCCCGCCUCAGUUUCCUUUGGGGACUAUCCCUUUUGGAUCCUUUGCAGGCAUUCUUCGGCAUGUGUUGGACGUGGCAACGGCUGGUGGCCCGCCUGACGGCAACUGGCGUGAUCAUUUGGGCUUGGAGAUCAUGGAGACAUUGGCGAAGCAGCCAGCUGCGCUGAGAGAAGUAAUGUUGCAAGCCAAAAAGCAUCCACUUUUGACAGCCCAUGAGCAGGAACUGAGGAACUUGUAUGGUGAUGAAUCUUGGGAGUUUCACUCCUCCUCUGGAGAUCCAAUUGAAGAGCUCGUGGAUUUCAUUGAGUGGCUUGUGGAACAUCCAGACCCUGAUGCUUUGACGGCCAUGCCACCGUCAACUCAGCAUCUCAUCCAUGAACCAACGCCCGCUUUGCCAGCAGAAGCCCCAACAGCAGCAGAGACGGAGACAGUCGAAGAAGAGCCAGCAGAAGCAGCAGCAGAACUCUCUGAGCCAGCGCAAGCAGCCUCAACAGCAACCAGUGCAGCAGGGCAAGAUCCACAGGCAACCGAGUCAGCAGCCAAGGAAGCAGCAGAAACAAAUGGAGAUAAAGACCCAGCUGCACCUGAAGCGCCAGCACCGUUUGACCAGGAUGUGCACAAACCUAAAGCCACCCCCCAGGCUUUGCCAGCAGAAGCCCCAACAGCAGCAGAGACGGCAGAAGCAGCAGCAGAACUCUCUGAGCCAGCACAAGCAGCCCCAACAGCAACCAGUGCAGCAGGGCAAGCUCCACAGGCAACCGAGUCAGCAGCCAAGGAAGAAGCAGCAGCACCAGCCAUGAAAGCAUCUUCAAGUGCACGGCCAGUGCCACCACUGCAUUUGCCCACUGCAACGCCUGCAGUUGCCAAGAGAUCAACCACUCAAACAGUACUACCGUUUGAGAAGAAGGCACGCCGCGAUUCUGAUGCAGAGCAAUGCUCAUUGGCGAUGCUGGCACAACAGGCAGACAAUUCUAAGCUGUUGGCAGAAACACUUGCCGGCAUGAGAACUUUCCUUCCAAGUGAAGCUGGCGCAGAAGAUGUCGACUGUUGGCAAGCCAAUGACCCGCAACUCAGCGCAGAAGACCAUGCCAAAGCUCUUGCGGCAGAACUCACAGCAAGCGGACGGCGGUGUGUUCCAGGUUGGAUACCUCCUUCUUUUGAGGAUCCCGCCAAGAAGGCUGCAACUCCAACAUGCACCGGCACCAGUGCUGUUCCAGUUCCAGUUCCAGCACAAGCAGCCGGCAUCACAGCAAGUGAAGCCAACCCAGCCAAUCCGAUCGAGCCCAAAGCAAAAGCAAAACCCAAAGCCAAAGGCAGAGCUCAGGCGCCAGCGGCACCAGCCACCCUGCCCUGUCCCAAAGCGAAAACCAAGGCAUCACAGAUGGCAAAGCAGAAAGAGGAGCCGCUUGAGCCGGCUGCGCCAGAUGGCAGUGUCGCUCCCAAGAGACGCCGUCGGACUUAA